UCUAAAGCGCGCUACCGGAAGUUUCUUUCCGCGGCUUUGCGGGAGUAGGGGAGCUGCCGGGCCGCCGCUGGGCACUCUAGUUGCAGAGGCGCUAGGGCUUAGGUGGCAGCUGGAACCGCAGCGGGACCCAGGCGGCGGGACACUGGCCGGGCGCCCACCCGAUCUAGGCCGCUCUUGCCCUCGCGGGCCCCCUCUUCGCCCCGCCCCCACGAGGCCCUGAAGUGGCUCCGCCCCCCGAUCUGAGCCGGGUCCCUCCUCUGGCGCUGACCCUUGGCUUCGGAACCGCGCCCCCAUCUCUCAGGCGCGAUGGCUACGGGCGCAGAUGUGAGGGACAUUCUAGAACUCGGGGGUCCAGAGGGGGAUGCAGCCUCCGGGACCAUCAGCAAGAAGGACAUUAUCAAUCCGGACAAGAAAAAGUCCAAGAAAUCCUCGGAGACACUGACCUUCAAGAGGCCAGAGGGCAUGCACCGGGAAGUCUAUGCACUGCUGUACUCUGACAAGAAGGAUGCUCCCCCACUGCUCCCCAGUGACACUGGUCAAGGCUACCGCACGGUGAAGGCCAAGUUGGGCUCCAAGAAGGUGCGGCCCUGGAAGUGGAUGCCAUUCACCAACCCUGCCCGCAAGGACGGAGCCAUGUUCUUCCACUGGCGACGAGCAGCUGAGGAGGGCAAGGACUACCCCUUCGCCAGGUUCAACAAGACGGUGCAGGUGCCCGUGUACUCAGAGCAGGAGUACCAGCUCUACCUUCACGACGACGCCUGGACGAAGGCGGAAACCGACCACCUCUUCGACCUCAGCCGCCGCUUCGACCUACGCUUUGUCGUCAUCCAUGACCGGUACGACCACCAGCAGUUCAAGAAACGCUCUGUGGAGGACCUGAAGGAGCGGUACUACCACAUCUGUGCCAAGCUCGCCAACGUGAGGGCCGUGCCAGGCACAGACCUCAAGAUACCAGUGUUUGAUGCUGGGCACGAGCGACGGCGGAAGGAACAGCUGGAGCGUCUCUAUAAUCGGACCCCGGAGCAGGUGAGCCCCCGCUCUCCUCCACGCCCUCAGCCCCGUCCCCCGGGUCCCCUUCCCCUCCGUGCCCGUGCCGCCCCCCCGCUCCCUGCCCUCCAUGGCCCCCCGUCUCCCUGUCCACCCUCGCCGGCCCAGGUGGCGGAGGAGGAGUACCUGCUGCAGGAGCUGCGCAAGAUUGAGGCCCGGAAGAAGGAGCGGGAGAAGCGCAGCCAGGACCUGCAGAAGCUGAUUACGGCAGCGGACACCACUGCCGAGCAGCGGCGGACGGAACGCAAGGCCCCCAAGAAGAAGCUCCCCCAGAAGAAGGAGGCCGAGAAGCCGGCCGUUCCCGAGACCGCAGGCAUCAAGUUUCCAGACUUCAAGUCUGCAGGUGUCACCCUGCGGAGCCAGCGGAUGAAGCUGCCAAGCUCUGUGGGACAGAAGAAGAUCAAGGCCCUGGAACAGAUGCUGCUGGAGCUGGGCGUGGAGCUGAGCCCGACGCCCACGGAGGAGCUGGUGCACAUGUUCAACGAGCUGCGGAGCGACCUGGUGCUGCUCUACGAGCUCAAGCAGGCCUGCGCCAACUGCGAGUACGAGCUCCAGAUGCUGCGGCACCGGCACGAGGCGCUGGCCCGGGCUGGCGUGCUCGGGGGCCCUGCCACGCCGGCCUCGGGCCCGACCCCCACCCCGGCCGAGCCAGUGGUGCCUGAAGCCGGUCUCGGCCCCGACCCCAGCAAGGACAGCAUCAUCGAUGUGGUGGGCGCGCCCCUCACGCCCAACUCGAGGAAGCGACGGGAGUCGGCCUCCAGCUCCUCUUCGGUGAAGAAAGCCAAGAAGCCGUGAGAGGCCACACCGGGUGGGGUGCUGCUGUGUAAAUAGAGCUGCUGAGCCGGACUGGGCUGCUUGC